AUGGGUGUGGAAACAGUCAACACAAGGCGAGAUGGAGAUGAAGAAGAAGUAUUGGAGGAAGAUGGAGAGUCAGUUUCCGAGGGGGCUGUUUCCGAGAAAGCAGACGGGGAAAGAGAUGAAGGAGAGGGAAAAGAAGAGGAAGAAACGGAAGAAGCAAAGCAUGAAGAAGAUGAAAUACAAGAGGAGGAAGCGGAGAAUAAAGAAGAGGAAGGAGAUCCGGUAUCAGACAAGAAAGAUGAGGAAAAUGAUGAAGAAGAGGAGGAAGCAGAGGAAGAUGACGAGGAGGAAGCAGAUGAUGAAGGAGAGGAAGCAACAGAUGAGGUAGCGGCAGGGGAGGAAGGUGAGGACAUAAACGAUGGGGAAGAAGAUGAGCAGGAACCCGAGGGUGAUAGCUUGCCGAUGCUACCUGAGAAGUUUUUCUUUACGCCAACCAAGUUUGGCAAAGCUUGCAAGAUAGUUACUAUGUGUUCUGUAACGAGUCCAGAAGAUAGAGGCACUGCCAGAAGAGGUGAAAUGGUUCAAAGCACAUCCUCAACUCAAGCACAUAUUUCACAUGCCGAAGGAGCCGAAUCACAUGAGUCAAGGUCUGUGGAUGCUCCUCCUCCAUACUGCUAA